CCAGUUCGCGCACAUUCAUACUGCAAACUCGAUCGAGCUUCUCGCAUCGCCAUGAAAUUUUUUAUUUUAAUGUGCGUCCUUGCACCAAUGUGCGCCAGUGAUCUCGUCCAGGACUAUGACGGAUUGCUCCAAGAACAUCUAUCCGAACCUCUUCGUGUGAGGAGACAAACGCGCCAACAACAACAACCCCCUCAAGAGCCAGUUCCGCAGUACCGGCCCUAUUCUCAAGCCCCGGCCCAGAUCAAGCAACUGUUGCAGUUCCAACAGGCCCGCGAUCCCGUCGUCAACAUCCCAGCUCCACCGCCACCAAACUUCGGUGCAGCACCUCAGGGCAAUCCCCAAGUCCAGACCCAGGCCCAGACUCAGGGUGGUGGCUAUCGACCUCAAGUGCAGUUCGGGAACCCUCCUCAACAGCCGUCGUACCAAAACCAAGCCGCGGCUCAGUAUCGACCUCAGGGACAGCCUCAGGGACAACCUCAGUACCAACAGCCCCAAGGGCAACAGCCUCAGUACAAUCAGGGACAGUAUCAAGGUUAAGAUUUCGUCGUAGGGAAGAGAAAAACAGAGAAAGUUCCUGUCACGAAGCAUAUGCAAGGAAUUUUGAUCUGAUGGUGAACAUUAAGGUAGCUCAUGCACGAAAUGUUUUUGUUUAAAAAGUCUUGAUAUUCACACAGAGUUUCAAUGGGUAGUCGACCGACGAGCACAUCAAAUUUUAAAGGCUUCGUCUUAUUGGUUAUUUAGAU